CCUGUAGCUUUCUUGCGCUGCAACUUCUUCAGCUGACUUUCAACAAAUACCCGGACCGAAUAGGGUUAAGUGCGAUAACAAAUGCAACAAUUUGACAUCUUAGCAGAGAUCAGUAUAAUUGAAACUUCUUGAUUCUCCAAUUCUUAUUCUGAUCGUAUUUCAACUUUUGAAUUCAAUCAAAUAUAAUCCGAAAUCAUGCAAUUUUUCUUGACAUUUUCCAUCAGCAAUGAAAGUAGCUGUGAACCGAGAAAGACCCUUGAUAUAUGAUGCUACUACUAAAAUCUAACCACUAACUAUGUGGUUAAAAUAGAAGUAAACCAUGCUAAGUUACUACAGAAGAGGAAAGUAAAAAUGUGAAUCAAUUUCCUGUUAUAUUUGCGGCAUGAAAAAACACAACCUUAAAUCCCUUACAGACCAUUUCUACUGCAAAACAUUGUACAACUCCAACUUCUCGGUCUUUUGUCUUUCAAUAUGAUUUUUUUUAUAGGACACUGAACUUAUUUGUUGGGAUAUGAGGAACACGACGAUGCCUUUGUUUAAACUCCUUCGUGCAGUCAAUACAAAUCAAAGAAUACAAUUUGAUAUAGACAGAUGUGGUUGUCACGUUGUGAGCGGUGAUAGCAACAAUGUGAUAAAUGUAUGGGAUUUGAACGACAUUUUCGACAAUAUCACCGAUGACGUAAUAUCUCAUCAACCUACUCAUCAAUAUGUUGCUCAUGAAGAUGCAGUCAAUGCUGCGAGCUUACACCCAACUAAAUCUCUGCUGGCUACAACAUCUGGUCAACGUCAUUUUAUCGUCGACGAUUCUGAUUCAGAUUCUAUGGAAACAGACAAUAAAACUAUACAUAAUUUUGAUAAUUCAUUAAGAAUUUGGAGCAUUUAGUAUUUUUUAGUUUAAGAAAAGAGAAAACUUUUUCUUUUGUGUUUUAA